AUGAGUACACAGAGAAGUAAGCGGAACGCAAUGGGGGGAAAAGGUGGGGGAGGGGGUGGGGGAAAUGGGUGGAGGAUGGGGUGGGGGAAAGGGUGGGGGAAGGCAAUGGGGGAAAUGGGCGACGCUUUUCAGUCGGAGUGCAAGGCAAUGGGGGGAAAGGGUGGGGGAAAGGGUGGGGGAAGCGGUGGGGAAGAGGGUGGGAGAAAGGGUGGGGGAGAGGAUGGGGGAGAGUGUGGGAGAGAGGGUGGGGGAGAGGGUACGGGAGAGGGUCGGGGAGAGGUUGGGAGAGAGGGUCGGGGAGAGGGUGGGGGAGAGGGUGGGGGAGAGGGUGGGGUAAAGGAGGGGCAGGAGAGCAUCGUCAGGGACGUGGCACUAUACGCGUUGGGCGUUGGGGCCUGCUCGUCUGACGCGUGUGACUCUAUCGACCUGCCCUUCGCCUAUAAUCACCUCUUCCAGGAUCGAUUCUUUGUCCUCCCCACCUUUGCGGUUCUCUUCCCCUCCUCCCUCAUCGAGCAACUACUCGCCGUCGAUGGGCUCGUCUUCGAUCCGGCUCUAUUGCUGCACGGAGAGCAGUACCUAUGCCUCUUCCGCCCCCUGCCCACCUCUGCCAAGGUGGUGAAUCGUGCACGCAUAUCAGCGCUGAAGGACAAGGGCAGGGCGGCCAUAGUGGACGUGGAGACGGUGUCAUUCGACCGCGAGUCAGGCGCCAGGCUGGCAGUCAACAGGGACCUGAAGGACAAGGGCAGGGCGGCCAUAGUGGAAGUUGAUGCAGUCUCAUUUGACCGCGAGUCAGGCGCCAGGCUGGCACUCAACAGGUCAUCCAUUGUGCUGCGUGGUGCCGGGGGGUUCUCCUCCAAACUAGCCUCCACACCUGCCACUACGCCACGUCCUUCCGCUCCCACCACCUCCACGAACCCAUCUCAACCGCAACAGCAACCACAACAACCACCACCAGCACGUGGCAGUGCGUCAGUCGCCAGACAGCCAUCCGUUCGCCCCGCACCCCAUGCAUCAGCAGAGGAGCGCAUCCCCCCCAACCAGGCUCUGCUGUACCGCCUCUGUGGCGACCUCAACCCCCUCCACUCCGACCCUGAAUUCGCCGCCACUGCAGGCUAUCCUCGCCCGAUCCUGCACGGCCUCUGCACGCUCGGCUUCGCCACCCGAGCCAUCCUCCGAACCUGCUGCAGGGGCGACCCGAGCCUCUUUCACAGCGUGCAGGUUCGGUUCACCGGGCAUGUGUUUCCUGGGGAAACUCUCAUCACCCGAACCUGGCAGCCCGUGUCCAUACCAGCAUCAAACGCAGCAGGGGAAGAAGAGCCAGCAGGAUCGGGAGAGGGGGGCGUGGGAGCAUGGGGGAGGCCGUUGAUGCGUGUGAGCUUUGAGUGCUGGAUCGCAGAGCGCAACAGAAUGGUGCUGUCUGGGUGGAUGCAGCUGUGUGCUGACAGUGAAGGCACGGACAAUGAAUUCACGGGAAGAGAUGUUACGGGCGGAACCGGCUUGGCCAAGCCACGCUUGUAG